AUGGCAUCUUCGUCUUUGCAACAAGAAAAAGGCAAUCAUGGUGAUGAUACUGGAAAUAUUAUGCUGAAAAAAGGAACAUGGUCAUCUCAAGAGGAUCAAGUAUUAGUAGAAUAUGUGAAAAAUUAUGGAGCUAGAAAGUGGGAUUCGGUACGAAAGAAAACAAAACUUGUUCGAGAUGGAAAAAGUUGUCGUUUAAGAUGGUUAAAUCAUCUAAAACCAACUUUAAAAAAGUGUUCAUUCAAUGAAGAAGAAAGGGAGAAACUUAUUCGUCUCUAUAAAGAAUUAGGACCCAAAUGGUCUCGCAUGGUUUCAAAGUUUCCUGGAAGAACCGAUAACGAGUUAAAGAAUUUUAUUAAUUCAAGAAAAAGAAGUUUAAAAAAUUCUAGAAAGAACCUAGCUCGAGAAAGCAUAAACCAUGUUGAUGAGUUGAAUGAUAAUGUUGGAGAAAUUAGAUUGAAGAAGGGUUCUAGUAACCAAAAUAAUAAUGCCUUCGAAGAAGAAGAAGAAAUGACUCUACCAAGAGUGGAAUUUGAUCAUCAAAACAUUAUGCACGCAAACUAUCUUAAUCAAAUUUAUGAUGAAGCAAAUAUAAAUUUUAAACCACUUUCAACAUUGAUUGAUGAUUCAAAUAUGCUAUACAAUAAUGUGGGAAGCUUUUCUUUAAGCAAUUCUAGAGAGUUCCUGAUUCCCAAAAGUAUAAACCUUGUUGAUGAGUUGAUUGAUGAUAUUGAAAGGCUUAGUAUGAUGAAGGGUUCUAGUAACCAAAAUAAUAUUGUCUUUGAAGAAGAAGAAAUGACUCUACCAAGAAUGGAAUUUGAUGAUCAAGAUAUUUUGUAUGCAAACUAUCUUGAUCCAAUUUAUGAGGAGGCAAAUAUCAAUUUUGAACCAUUUUCAACCUUGGUUGAUGAUUCAAAUAUGCAAUACAAUAAAAUGGGAAGCUUUUCUUUAAGCAAUUCUAGAGAGUUCCUCAUUCCCAAAAGCAUAAACAAUGUUGAUGAAUUGAUUGCUAGUGUUGAAGAAUUUAGUAUGAUGAAGGAUUCUAGUAACCAAAAUAAUAAUGCCUCCGAAGAAGAAAUGACUUUACCAAGAGUGGAAUCCAAUCAUCAAGACAUUAUGCAUGCAAACUAUCUUGAGGAAAAUAUCAACUUCGAACAACUUUCAAGGUUGGUUAAUGAUUCAAAUAUGUUAUACAAUAAUGUGGAAAGUUCUUCUUUAAGCAAUCAUAUUGUCCCAACAUUGAAUGAUAGGUUUUCUACACACCCAGAAUGUUUGUACUUUCAAGAUGAGGAAAAUAUCAACAACCUUGAACCACUUUCAAAGUUGGAUGAUGAUUUAAAUAUGCCAUAUAAUAAUGUGGAAAAUACUUCUUUGUCUGUGGUACCGGAUCUUCUUACAUUCCCGGAAAAUACUUCUUUAUCCAUGGUACCGGAUCUUCUCACAUUCCCAGAAUGUUCUCACACUCAAGAUAGGGAAGAUACACUUCCAUCAUUUCCAUCAUGUAAUAUGGUUUUCGAUCAAGAUCUUCCUCCAAUUCCACAAUGUUCAUACAAUCUUGAUAUGGAUUAUCAACUUCCUUCGGAGAUGUUUUUUGACCAAUAUCCUCAAAAUCCAAUUCAAUCAUCUGAGGAGAUUCAAUAUGAGAUAUUAGAACCUUGGUUACUAGCUGAAUGCGUUCCUUUUUGGCCCUUUGAUCAAUGA